AGGCCAGAGCCAGGACCCGAGCCCGGAGCCCAAAUCGGGAACCUCGCCCCUCUCCCGCUUCCAGAAGCCAGAACGAAGACGCUCCUCCCCUUCCUCCCGCCCUCCCAGCCCGCGGGCUCCGGGAAAGGGGAGGAGCUCUCCCGGCUCCUGUGACACCGUCGCCACGGCAACGCGGCCAUACUGGCCCUAACGGACCGGGGGUUCUGGGCUGCGGCGGCCGCGGCCUCGUGGGCAGAGCCGGCGGCAUGGACAGCCUCUUCGUGGAGGAGGUGGCCGCCUCCCUGGUGCGGGAGUUCCUCAGCAGAAAGGGCUUAAAGAAGACAUGUGUGACCAUGGACCAGGAACGCCCACGCUCUGACCUCAGCAUAAACAGCAGAAACGAUCUCCGCAAGGUUUUGCAUCUUGAAUUUCUCUACAAGGAGAACAAGGCAAAGGAAAAUCCUCUAAAAACAAACCUCGAACUCAUUACCAGAUACUUUCUGGAUCACUUUGGGAAUACUGCUAACAAUGUCACUCAAGAAACACCAAUUCCUGCACUCUCAAUUCCAAAGAAAAAUAUCAAAUCACCACCGAGAGGCUCAGAGACCACGCUGGUGAAUAUAUAUGACCUUGCAGAGGAAGAUGCAGAAUGGAGAACAUCGUUGUCAGAAACAAGCAAAGCCAGACAUGACAAUCUUGAUGGGGAUUUACUUGGUAAUUUUGUAUCAUCCAAAAGGCCCCCACACAAACGUAAGCCCACGCAGGCUGUCCCAGGUGAAAGUCCCCCUGUGGCCCCUGCAUGGGAGAAGAUGGACAGGCUUCAGUUGUCAGAACCUUCCUUGGACACGAAAAGGAUGGGAGAGAAGAUCAGGCCAAAGUCUGGCCUGAUUGUCCGAGGCAUGAUGACCGGGCCCAUCGCCAGUUCCCCGCAGGAUUCCCUUCGCAAGCGCUCCCUGAGGCGGUCCCUGUCCUUGAGCAGCGGCGCCCCCCAGGCCCCCGAGGAAGAGGGCCAGAAAGUGCCUGAGCUCUCCGCCGGUGCCCUGGCCCAUCCUGCAGCCCAGGAGGGCCUGGCGUCCAGCACUGGCUCCACUUCCAGAAGUCCCCUGGGCCCACUCAGUGAGCUGACCUCAGAAAAACGGAAAACCACACCCAGCAGCCCCCCUCACUUGCCCAGCAAAGGGCUCCUGCAGAGGGGGAGCGGCAGGUGGCGAGAUCUUGCAGAGGACAGCCCAGCUGUGGACAGUGGCCCGGAGGGCAACAGGAUGCCCUCGAAGUUCUCCUUGCCAGGUGGGAGUGCCAGGACGACCCAGGAGAGGCUGGAGAGAGCGUUCACACGGCAGGGGACCCAGCCCCUGCCCCUCAGGAAAAAUCAAUUGCCAGUGUCCAGCAAGGCUGAUGGGGAGCUGAGCGUUUUGCAGCUUGAGGAUGUGGAGGAUGAAUUGGUAAGGGAAGAAGUCAUCCUGUCUCCAGUCCCAUCCAUGCUCAAGCUGCAGAUAGUGUCAAAGCCAAUCGACCUCUCAGUGGCCAAGGACAUAAAGGCCCUUCUGUUUGGUUCCAGUUUUUGCUGUUUCAAUGAGGAAUGGAAACUUCAGAGUUUUUCCUUUAAUGACAAAGCCUCGUUAAAAUACGGCAUCGUGCAGAACAAGGGGGGUCCCUGUGGGGUUCUGGCAGCUGUCCAAGGCUGUGUCCUACAAAAACUCCUGUUUGAAGGAGAUAGCAAAGCUGACUGCGUUCGGCCGCUGCAGCCUUCCAAUGCUCACAGGACCCACUGCCUCGCCCUGGCCAUCGCGGACAUUGUGUGGCGGGCUGGGGGCCAUCAGAGAGCCGUGGUCACACUGGCUUCAGGAACACAGCAUUUCAGUCCAACAGGGAAAUACAAAGCAGAUGGAGUCUUAGAAACACUCACACUGCACAGUUUGACCUGCUAUGAGGAGCUGGUGACUUUUCUUCAACAAAGCAUCCAUCAGUUUGAAGCAGGUCCCUACGGAUGCAUCCUGCUCGCCCUGUCUGCCAUCCUGUCCAGGUCCACGGAGCUGGUUCGCCAGGACUUCGACGUCCCCACCAGCCACCUGAUUGGAGCACAUGGAUACUGCACCCAGGAACUUGUCAAUCUGCUCCUGACCGGGAAAGCGGUGUCCAAUGUUUUCAACGAUGUGGUUGAGCUAGAUUCUGGGAACGGGAACAUCACACUGCUGAAAGGCAUUGCUGCACGCAGCGACAUCGGAUUCCUAUCUCUGUUUGAGCACUACAACGUGUGCCAGGUGGGCUGCUUCCUGAAGACUCCGAGGUUCCCCAUCUGGGUGGUGUGCAGUGAGAGCCACUUCAGCGUCCUCUUCAGCCUGCAUCCGGAGCUCCUGAGGAACUGGAGGGCUGAGAGGCUCUUCGACCUGUACUACUACGACGGCUUGGCCAACCAGCAGGAGCAGAUCCGGCUGACCGUCGACACCACCCAGACCAUCCCUGAGGACAGAGACAAUGACCUUGUCCCACCCCUCGAGCUCUGCAUCAGAACCAGGUGAGUCCGGUCUGUCUCUGGCUGUGGAACCUCACCUUGAGUGGCUGGGAGGUGUGGUGGUUGGGGGUGGUUGGACCUGUGGGAAGGAGGGUGGGUUUCUGGGUCUCCCCAGCCAGGGGUGUGUGGUGAGACGGGGCCCCUGCAGAAUGGAAGGACACAGUGACUGGGGCUUGUUUGUAUGGAGCGUCUUGUGGGCUCCGUGGCCCACGUGGAGACGUGUGUGACCUGUGAGGUGACCGGUCUCCAGACAGCUUCUGAGGAUGCCCCCGUGGCAGGGGUGAUGGUAUGAGUAGGUGCUUCUUGAGGUAGCCACCACAUGUGGCAAGUGCCGUUAGGUCCAACCAAGAGGAAGGACGGGUAGGGGGAGGGGCGGGGAUAGGAAGGCGCCGGGUAGGAUGGCGAGAGGGCCCAACUCCUCAGUGGCCCCUAGGGUGUAGCUCACAGAUGGCUUCCUGUAGCAGCAGCACCCUCGGCAUUAGAGAGGAGCAGCCCCAGUCAUUCUAUUGGUGCGGGUUGGGCGCUCUGAACCCCGGGCCAGGGGCCCUAUAGUCUCAGACACAGGGU